CAUAUUUCUUGCACAUGCAUUUUCCAAUUAGUGGCUGGAACAAAAUAUCUGGGCAUGAUAGGAUUUCAUAGCAAUACGAUUGAACGAUUUGCAGCAAUCGGUGACUCGUUGGAUAUUGUAUGCCCGUACUACGAACCUGAGAUGGACUCAACAACCGCCGAACAAAGUAUCAUCUACAGGGUAAGCGAGCGCGACUACCAGAAUUGUAUACUAUCACCAUCGGCUCGGGAACUUGGUCGAUGUAUAUCACCCAUGCGAAGGGAUAAAGUGAAGGUGUCAUUCAGACUUAUGAGCCCGAAUCCGUCGGCUUUAGACUAUCGGCCCGGACAUACAUACUAUUUUAUAUCAACAUCUACUGGAACGGCUCUUGGUCUGAACAAUAAAUACGGUGGUUUAUGUGCUAGUCAUAAUUUGAAGAUGGUCAUACAUGUGACUGAGAAAAAUGGCGACACCAGUGGUCAUAUUCAUCGGUCACAUAAAAAAUUACUUACUACUACUUCAAAUACAAUUGUUUCCGUUGAUGAGCGAUGGUCAUCGGAUCCACUAUGGGGAGAAUUUUUCGAAAAGGUUGGACGACAUGAGAACAAUAUCUGGCCUACUGUAACCAGAGGCGAACGGCUUUCCCUUGAUGGUGGCAGUAGGCGUCACGAAUAUGAAGCUCUUUCUUUGGGUGAUGAAAUCGAGUUCCAGAUUCAUGAGAUUGGAGAUGGUAACAGAAAUAAAAUUUUAUAUGACUUUCGUCCGCCUUUGAUGAAUCGCUCCCUGUUGAGCUCAGAAUCGUUCGCAGUGUGA